AUGAAAAUCUCGACAGUCUUCACAUUGCUUUUUCUCGCUUGCACCACCCUUGCCCAUAAACCUCGAAUACGAGAUCAUGAAAAUUAUGACUACUAUGCUCUCCACCUUCAUGAGGGCUCGCCGCCUCAGCAGGUAGCCUUUGCGCUCGGCCUCCGGUACGAAGGACCUCUUGGAGAAUUACCCGAUCACCAUACCUUUUCUUCUCCCAAAAAAAGAACUCAUAAUGCAGAUGCAAUACUCGAAGAUGUCCGGCGGCGGAGAAGAAAGAGGGAUCUCGUGGAAGACGGCGGACUAAGUGGUAUAUAUUGGUCGCAGAAACAGAAACCAAAACCGCGAUUGGUGAAAAGGGGCCACCCCCCGUCAGAGCUUGACCGACAGGGCCCACCUUCGUCUGCAAACGCCGAAACGAAGCCUGAUGUAGCCGAAUCGUCCACCCCUGAGCCCGAUGAUGGUACAGACAAGGAAGCUGUCGCUCAGCGGAACAGCUUGCAGCAAGAGUUAGGCAUUCAAGAUCCCAUAUUCCACGAACAAUGGCAUCUGUUCAAUACGUUGCAGAUUGGCCACGAUCUGAACGUCACGGGAGUGUGGCAGCAGGGUAUCACGGGUGACGGCGCAACGGCAGUCAUGGUGGAUGACGGGAUCGAUAUGUACAGCGAGGACCUCAAGGACAAUUACUUUGCGAAAGGAUCCUACGAUUUUAAUGAAGGCGUAGAAGAACCUAAGCCGAGGCUGAGCGACGACCGGCAUGGUACACGAUGUGCCGGUGAGAUUGCCGCAGUAAAGAAUGGUGUUUGUGGAGUUGGAGUGGCCUACACUGCUAGAAUUGGAGGCCUACGUAUUCUGUCGAAAAUCAUUACAGACGAGGACGAAGCUGUCGCGAUGAAUUAUGCAUAUCAAGAUAACCAAAUCUACUCUUGUUCUUGGGGCCCUCCAGAUGAUGGGAAAUCGAUGGACGCACCCGGUAUACUCAUCCAGAAGGCAAUGGUAAAUGCAGUGCAGAAAGGAAGACAGAACCGAGGCAAUCUUUUUGUCUUUGCCGCUGGCAAUGGACACGCAGCCGGUGACAACUGCAACUUUGAUGGCUAUACUAACAGCAUUUAUACCAUUACGAUUGGGGGAAUUGACAGAAAAGGGCUCCAUGGCUACUAUUCAGAAUACUGCUCAGCUCAAUUAGCCGUCAGCUAUAGCAGUGGUAGUGGAGAUGCCAUACACACUACCGAUGUUGGUACAGAUAAGUGCUACUCAAAUCAUGGUGGUACCUCUGCUGCAGCGCCAUUGGCAGCAGGUGUUUUUGCAUUGGCUUUGUCGGUAAGACCAGAGCUCACAUGGCGCGAUGUUCAAAACGUCAUCGUCAUGACUGCCAUUCCGGUCAACGAAGACGACGGAAGCUGGGAUGAGACCUUCAUUGGUCGAAAGUUCAGCCAUGCAUAUGGAUUCGGCAAAAUAGACGCGUAUGCGUUUGUUGAGAAGGCAAAGACUGUCGACUUGUUGAAACCACAAGCUUGGUAUAAAUCGCCGUGGAUUCAUGUCAAACAUGCGAUACCACAAGGUGUUGAAGGUCUACUAAGUUCUUUUGAGAUCACGGAGGAUUUCUUGAAGGAAGCCAACCUGGCAAAGGUAGAACAUGUUACAGUAACCAUGAAUAUUGAGCACUCUCGCCGGGGUGACCUUAGUGUCGAGUUGCGGAGUCCGACGCAAAUGGUAAGCCAUCUGAGCGUUGUUCGACGGCUGGAUGAUGCACACGAGGGCUAUGUGGACUGGAGUUUUAUGUCUGUCGCACAUUGGGGCGAGACUGGUAUUGGCAAAUGGAGUGUCGUGGUGAAAGAUACUGAAGUGAAUGUUUUAAAUGGAACUUUCACGGAUUGGCGCAUCAAACUUUGGGGCGAAUGUAUUGAUGCCGACAUUCAAAAGCCUCUCCCAUUGCCGACAGAGACUGACGAUGACGACCACGACGUUGUAUCAGGCUCACCGACAUUUGUAAGCGUUGAUCCUGGGGAGCCUCAGCCGACAAACCUACCGGCAAAUCCGUCAGAUCACCAAGAUAGACCGGUCAACAUCAAGCCGACACCUUCAGUCACCACGGCGACUUCGAUUUCUAGCUCUGAGAGCCAAUCUGUAAGUCUUCCCUCAUCUUCGACUGCAUUGCCAGACGUGCCGCCGGAGGAAGACACGGGUGAUGAGCAUUUCCUGCCACACUAUUUCCCUACCUUUGGUGUAUCUAAGCGGACCCAGAUAUGGAUCUACGGAGCAUUGGCCAUCAUCUUGUUGUUUUGCAUAGGUUUGGGUGUUUACUUCCUCCUCCAAAGGAGGAGACGGAGGAGAAUGGAGCGCGAAGACUACGAAUUUGAGGAGUUACUAGAUGACGAGGAUGCAAAUGGACAGACUGAGGGCCAACGGACGAAACGAAGGGCUGGUGAGCUCUAUGAUGCGUUUGCCGGAGGUAGUGAGGAGGAAGAUGAAAGUCUCCUUAGUGACGAGGAUGAAGUAGCAGCUUAUAGGGACGAGGUCCCUCCCGAGGGGGACGAGAAAAGGGGCAGGAGUCAAUCAAGAGGAGAGGACGAGAAGCGUUGA